UUUCCGCCCCCGCCGCAAGGCGGCGCCCCACUCGGAGGCUUUUGCUGCUAGCCGGAGUCUCCAGAACCGAGUCGGGGGGGAAAGAUGACGGCCGUUCUGCCGCGGAUCGAGCAGCUGUCCUCCCGGGUAGUGCGCGUCCUGGGCUGUAAUCCCGGACCCAUGACGCUCCAGGGAACCAACACUUAUUUGGUGGGGACCGGCCCCAGGAGAAUUCUUAUUGAUACUGGUGAACCAUCAAUUCCAGAUUAUAUCAGCUGUUUAAAACAAGCACUGUCUGAAUUUAACACAUCAAUACAAGAAAUUAUAGUAACCCACUGGCACCAAGAUCAUACUGGAGGCAUAUCAAACAUAUGUAAUAAUAUCAAUAUGGGCACCAAUUUUUGCAUUAAAAAGCUUCCACGCAAUCCCUUCAAGGAAGAAGUUAUAGGAAACAACAAGCAAAAAUAUGUUUAUCUGAAAGAUGGAGAUGUGAUUAAAACAGAAGGAGCCACUCUCAGAAUUCUAUACACACCUGGACACACUGAUGAUCAUAUGGCUCUUCUUUUAGAAGAAGAAAAUGCUAUCUUUUCUGGAGACUGCAUUCUAGGAGAAGGAACAACAGUAUUUGAAGAUCUUUAUGAUUACAUGAAGUCCUUAGAAAAGCUAUUAAAGGUUAAAGCUGAUUUGAUAUAUCCAGGACAUGGCCCAGUCAUCUAUGAUGCUGAAGCUAAAAUUCAAGAAUACAUUUCUCACAGAAAUGCACGGGAACGUCAAAUCCUUAAUUUUUUUCACGAUAAUGUUGGAAAGGUAUUUACUGAAAUGGAACUUGUAAAGAUUAUUUAUAAGAAUACUCCUGAGCAUUUAUAUAAAGCAGCUAGUCAUAACCUCUCCCUUCAUUUGAACAAAUUGGAAAAAGAUGGAAAACUAUCAAAGACAAUGACUCCUGAAAAGAAAUGGAAAGCCAAUCUCUAGUUUCAUAUUAGUGAAUAAAGAAUAAAUAAUCUGAAGUUUUUACUGAAGAAGAAUGUUGAAAAAGAAACCAGCUACAGAUUAUUAGUAUCACAUCUGAUCCAUCAUCAAAAAUAUAAGAAAUACACAUUAUUUAAAGUAUUCACUGUAAUUGUAAUAAAUCUAACUUUGUUAUUUUCAAGUUAGAAAGAUAGAUUAUAAAAUUUGUGAGUUAACACUAAUUGAAAUUUCUGUCCUUUAAAAAUAAUAAAAUGAGCUUAUUUUAAACAA